AUGGCCCUGUCUGACUUCAUCAUCACGGAUGACCUCACCGUUGUCCUAGGUCUCGUAGCCAUUUGCCUCUUUCUGCUGCAUAACCUUUACAAACCGCAGUCUCUGGUGCACCCUAUUCUCUUGGGCAGACAAAGUGAUGUUGCGCGUGUCAGGAACCCGGGAGAGAGUGCGACAUACAGGAACUACAGCACGGGAAUGAUGGGAAGGUUUCCAGCGAGGCCUACCAAAGACCAGCAUUGUAUUCUCGACCUCGUCCGUCCUGAUGCGGAUGCACCGCGAACACUGUGGUCUACGAAGAUCACGAAUCCUGAGCUUAGAGAACGAGUCUCGUCGUUUGCCAAUGGACUUGUUCGCUAUGCAGGCCUUGUUCCACAGGAGUCCAAUGUUCUCCUCCUGCUCAACGACAGCAUUGAAUUUAUCAUAUCCGAUCUUGCUCUUGCUUCGGCGUCGCUACCAUCCUUCUUGUUGACAUCUCUCAGACUGCUGUCUCCGCUACUGGAGUCGCACCCUCCGACUGCCAUCGUAACGCAUGCCGACAUGCUCCCCAGCUUGCUUGAGGUGAUAUAUGAUUCGCAUGAGAGCGGUCACCACACUAUCAUCGUUGUUGGAAACUUUGACAACAGCGUUGCAGCUUCAGUGGGGCACGUGAGGUUGCUUCGUUGGGAGUCUGUAGAACGCGAGGGUGCUCAAGGCGACAAACUGAUCCUCCCUGACCUUCAUCCGCAAGACAUCUUCUCUGUCUCUUUUUUCGAGGGUCUGUCGGGCGAGCUGGAAGGUACACAGCUUACUCACGAAAAUUUGACUGCUGGGGUGGCUUCUGUUCGGGCACUCCUUCCCCUCUCAAGUGCUAUGUCUCCGCUCGACACUCUCAUUUCAGCCUUUCCGCUGAACACUCCGUAUGGCCGAGCUGUAGCAUAUACAGCUAUCUAUGAAGGAACUAGUUUCGCCACGCUGGACAGCACGAAAUUGAUUAGCAGUGGAGGUGCAGCUGCAACGGCCCUUGCUGAUCUUGCAUCAGCGAACUCGUUCCCGAUACCAUCCCCUACAAUCUUGUUCAUCAAGCCUUCUCAUCUGAACAGUCUCUCUUCCGAGAUCAUCGAUAAAGCGAAGGCCUCGUCGCCUCUGCUAUACCAUCUAGGAUGGCGUCACAAGUUAUCCGGGAUUCUGGAAGGCUUCAUCACGAAACGGAGUCUCUGGGAUAGGCUUGUCUUUGAUAGUGCAAGAGUCAAUGUCAUGGAUAAAGGUGCAGGUACAGUGAGAGGUGUCAUCGUCGGCGGAGAACCUCUGGAAGCUCAAACCUUAGUGCUCUGCCGAAUUGCUCUGUCUGUUCCCCUCGUUAAUGCCUACAUCCACCCCCUGGUUACUGGUCCUGUCUUUGCCUCGCAUCCCCUCGAUCUGCAGACGUUCCCCUCUGCAGUUUCAUCCUCAUCAUCGGCAGCAGAUGCGUAUACCUUCUCGUAUCUUGCACCUGUCGGCCCUCCGUCUGUUAACGUGGAGGUCAAGCUCCGCGGCGUCGACGAUUCGGCCGUGGAGGCUGGAGCUGACCCUUGCGGUGCCUUAUUCGCUGCGGGUCCUGUCGUAGGGACACUGCUGCGUCUACAGGAUAACCAGGAUGAAUACGAACUGGGUUGGGUUGAGUUAGGUGAAAGGGCUAAAGUCGCCACCAAUGGGACAUUCAAAGUUGUGGAAGAUAAAGGCAGGAAGUAA